CUCGGCCAACCGUCCCCGCGGUCGCCCGCCCGCCGGCCCGCUGCGCCCGCCCCGCGCCCGCGCCCGCGCCCAUUAGUAUGGUGCAGCGGCGGCCGCGCUCGCGAUCAUGGGUGAGAAGCUGGAAUUGAGGCUCAAGUCGCCCGUGGGAGCCGAGCCCGCCGUGUACCCGUGGCCCCUGCCGGUCUAUGACAAACACCAUGAUGCUGCUCAUGAAAUCAUUGAGACCAUUAGAUGGGUCUGCGAAGAAAUACCAGAUCUCAAGCUUGCCAUGGAAAAUUAUGUUUUAAUUGACUAUGAUACCAAAAGCUUUGAAAGCAUGCAGAGACUCUGUGACAAGUACAACCGAGCCAUUGAUAGCAUUCAUCAACUGUGGAAAGGAACAACUCAGCCCAUGAAAUUGAACACUCGGCCAUCCAAUGGGCUUCUUCGACAUAUCUUGCAGCAAGUAUAUAACCACUCAGUCACAGAUCCAGAGAAACUCAACAACUAUGAGCCCUUUUCUCCAGAGGUGUAUGGAGAAACUUCAUUCGACUUAGUUGCCCAAAUGAUUGAUGAGAUUAAAAUGACAGAGGAUGAUUUGUUUGUUGAUUUGGGCAGUGGAGUGGGGCAGGUGGUUUUGCAAGUGGCUGCAGCCACAAAUUGUAAACAUCACUAUGGUGUGGAGAAAGCAGACAUCCCGGCAAAAUAUGCUGAGACAAUGGACCGAGAAUUCAGAAAAUGGAUGAAAUGGUAUGGGAAGAAGCAUGCAGAAUACACACUGGAAAGAGGUGACUUCCUUUCAGAAGAAUGGCGGGAAAGAAUUGCAAAUACAAGUGUUAUUUUUGUGAAUAAUUUUGCCUUUGGUCCUGAGGUGGAUCACCAACUGAAGGAGCGAUUUGCUAACAUGAAAGAAGGUGGCAGAAUUGUGUCCUCCAAACCUUUUGCACCUCUAAAUUUUAGAAUAAACAGUAGAAACUUGAGUGAUAUUGGCACUAUAAUGAGAGUUGUGGAACUAUCACCACUGAAAGGGUCGGUUUCAUGGACUGGCAAGCCAGUUUCUUACUACCUGCAUACUAUUGAUCGAACCAUACUUGAAAACUAUUUUUCUAGUCUCAAAAAUCCAAAACUCAGGGAGGAGCAGGAGGCAGCCCGCCGCCGGCAACAAAGAGAGAACAAGAGCAACACGACGACUCCCACCAAGGUCCAAGAAAAUAAGGGUGCUGUUGCUUUGGAGCCUCGAGUGGAUUCUGGUGCUGAAGAAGAUAAAAAUGGGACAACUACUCUUAAAAAACCAUCUCCUUCCAAGCCUCGCAAAAAGAAAUUAAACAAAAAAGGAAGGAAGAUGGCAGGAAGAAAACGUGGACGUCCCAAGAAAAUGAGUGCUGCAAACCCUGAAAGGAAACCCAAGAAGACUCCCACUGCACUGGAGCUUCUGCAUGCUCAGACUGUGUCCCAGGCAGCUGCAUCCUCUCCUCAGGAUGCAUACAAGUCACCUCAUAGUCCAUACUAUCAACUACCUCCUAAAGUACAACGGCAUUCCUCCAACCAGCUAUUGGCAACACCAACCCCACCUGCACUCCAGAAGCUGUUAGAAUCCUUUAAGGUUCAGUACUUGCAGUUUCUGGCCUAUAUGAAAACCCCACAGUACAAAGCUAACCUACAGCAAUUGGUGGAGCAGGAGAAGGAAAAGAACACUCAAUUGUUAGGUACAGCCCAGCAGUUGUUCAGCCACUGUCAGGCUCAGAAAGAGGAGAUCAAGAGACUGUUUCAGCAGAAACUUGAUGAGUUGGGAGUUAAGGCUCUGACCUACAAUGAUCUGAUACAAGCUCAGAAAGAGAUCUCUGCUCACAACCAACAGCUAAAAGAACAGACAAAGCAGCUAGAAAGUGAUAACAGUGAACUCAGGAAUCAAAGCUUGCAGCUGCUUAAGGCUCGGUGUGAAGAGCUGAAGCUGGAUUGGUCUACUCUCUCACUGGAAAAUUUGCUGAAGGAGAAGCAGGCACUGAAGAAUCAAAUUUCCGAGAAGCAAAAGCACUGUCUGGAGCUUCAGAUCAGCAUUGUGGAGCUUGAGAAAAGCCAAAGGCAGCAGGAACUACUGCAGCUGAAAUCCUACGCGCCGGCAGAUGAGGCCCUGUCCGUCCACCUGCGAAGUAAAAGCAGCUUCAGCCGUGAGCUGGAGACUGACCCUGCCAGGUUCCAGCUGGAGCUCGAGUGCUCCAAGUUGUCUUUGCCCCACAUCAAUAGCAUGAGCCCCGAACUUUCUAUGAAUGGCCAUGCAACCACCUAUGAGAUUCAUAGUAUGCUUAGUCGACCUUCUUCCAAACAAAACACUCCACAGUAUCUGACCUCCCACCUGGACCAAGAAAUAGUUCCUUGCACCCCCAUUCAUAACAACAGACAGAAGGCAGACAAAUUGUCAAGCUUGUCCUUGCCUGAUUACACCAGGUUUUCCCCCGCUAAGUUAGCCCUAAGGAGACACUUGAAUCAGGAUCAUGUAGUCCAUGGAAAAGCUACAACUAAUGAAAUACACCACAGAACUGAACAUGCAAAAGAGAAUGGCCUGACAUAUCAGAGUGCUGGUCUGUCAAAUGGCCUAAAGCUGAGCCCUCAGGAAACUCGGCCUUCCUCCCCCUCGGCCUUACAGAUUGCAGGAGAGAAGAGCAGUGACAAGGUUUUAAAAGAGAGAGCCUAUGCCAGCAAUGGGGAAACAAUCACCAGCCUACCUAUCAGUAUUCCUCUCAGUACAGUGCAGCCCAAUAAACUUCCUGUCAGUAUCCCAUUGGCCAGUGUAGUGUUGCCUAGCCGUGCGGAGAAAGUGAGGAACACACCUAGUCCAGUUCAUCAGAAUCGAGAGUCUACUUCAGCAACACUUGAAAAACAGUUUGGUGCUAAUUCCCAUAAUGGUAUGAACAGUGCUGUAGGAAACAAGUCCCUUGCUUUGGCUACCUCAGGUUUUUCUUAUAGUGGCUCCUUGGCAGUCAAUGGCACACUUUCCAGUAGCCCAGCCCAUCUUAACCAUGGUGCUGAGCAGGCAGCCCUUGAUGAUUCCUCCAAUUCAGGGAGCCUCUUUAAUUCAGUGGGGUCCCGGAGUUCUACGCCCCAGCAUCCUUCUUUACUCAUGAUGCAGUCCCGGAACUCUGGCCAGAACUCUCCAGCCCAUCCACUUGCUGCCAGCCCGCGCCUCAAUGGAGCUUCUCAAAGCAUGUUGGGGAUUUUGCAGUACUCGGAUACUACAAAAUUGUUCUCUGAAGGUAACAAGGGGGAUCUUCCACUAGAUUCAGGUUUUUCAGAUCCUGAAAGUGAAGUCAAGAGAAGAAUCCUCUUUACAAUCUCGACCAAUACAGGGAACCUGAAGCAGUCUCCUUCCAACAAACACAGCCCUCUGACCACUAGCAUUCGCCCGGAUUGUGGACAGGCUUGUGUGCAGGAGGGCAAGAAGAGGGGCAGAAGGAAGCGGUCUUCCACGGGGAACCCCAGUGUGAACUCAGCGGUAUCUCCCAAGCGCAAGCCCUUACCAUCUGUGGCAGGCCUUUUUACCCAAUCUUCAGGCUCACCUCUCAACAUCAACUCUAUGGUCAAUAACAUUAAUCAACCUUUAGAAAUAACAGCCAUUUCCUCCCCUGAAAACUCCCUGAAGAACUCUCCUAUUCCUUACCAGGACAACGACCAGCCUCCUGUGCUGAAAAAGGAGAAGCCCUUGAUCCAGACGAACGGGGCACAUUACUCGCCCCUGACCUCGGAUGAAGAGCAAGGAUCUGAAGAUGAGCACAACAGUAUCAGGAUUGAAAGGAAAAUCGCAACAAUCUCUUUAGAGAGCAAGUCUCCCCAGAAAACAGAAAAUGGUGGUGGCCUUACAGGAAGGAAGCAAACCCAGCUGACUGAAGGCAUAAACAGUAGUAAAUGGAAGUCUACCUUUUCACCAAUAUCAGACAUCAACCUUACCAAAACAUCCGACAGCCCCUUACAGGCAGCUUCGUCCCUGAGCCAGAAUUCCCUGUUUGCCUUCCGGCCGUCCUCCGAGGACACGAUGGCCAUUGAUGCCAAGAUCUCUGUGCACCCAAGGAAGAGCUUCCCCAGUUCCUUGUCGGGGUCGGAUGGUCUCAGCCCCAACACAAACUCCUCCAAUGGAUUCUCCUAUACCGGGGGCCUGUCUGCUGCUGACAUGAGUUUACACAGCUUUCACGAUGGUGCUUCUCUUUCUCACAAAACCACCGAGGCGGCCGGCCUAAGCUCCCCUCUGGGUUUUCAGGCACAGCGGAGCAAAGAUGCAUCAGAUGCCAAUCCUUUUCUGAACAAGAGGCAGCUGGACGGCCUGGGCAGUAUGAAGGGAGAAGAGUUGCCGAGGGCCGGAGGCAGAAGUAAAGAGGUGCUUGACAUGGCCCUGCAGCUGGGGGGGCCCCCCGACAAAGGCUCCCUGCAGCACAUUGGCAAGGCUGGCAAAGGGCGGGACCGGGAGGUGGAGUUUAAGAAUGGCCACAACCUCUUCAUUUCUGCUGCGGCCGCCGUACCUCCAGGGGGCCUCCUCAACGGCAAAGGGCUGUCUAGCACGGCCUCUGUGGUUGGUCACCCUGCUUCUUCUGUAUCGGCGCACCAUCCCUUCCUCAACACUUUCACCACUGGAUCCCAGUUUCCCCUGGGCCCCAUGUCCCUGCAGGCCAACCUCAGCUCGGUGGCAGGCUCUUCAGUAUUGCAGUCUUUAUUUAAUUCCAUGCCCGCCGCUGCCAGUUUGGUCCACGUGUCAUCAGCCGCGACCAGAUUGACAAAUUCUCACGCUAUGGGAAACUUCUCUUCUGGGGUUACAGGUGGAACCGUUGGAGGUGUUUUUAACCAUGCGGUGCCUUCUGCCUCUUCUCAUCAGUUUGGAGCCAGUUUCAGCAGUAGUGCUGUGUGUAGCAGCACCAUGCUAAGCUUAAACCCAGUGCAGGCUGUGGUCACCCCCACUUCCUCUUCCUUCCAGGCCCCUUCCUCUAGCAUAGGAACAUGUAGCGAGGCUAGAGCCCCCCAGCACCUGAACCAAGUGCCUGUGCAGCCUGCCCUGCAUCCUCCUCCCCCCGCUCCUCCUCCUCCUAACGUCUCAUUACCUCCCCCCCCUCCAUUACUCACUGCUUCUAACCCGGAGCCGGGGCUUCUGCAGACCCUAACGUCCAUUCCUGCUAACAAAGCUUUUGUUGCCCCCUCCUCAGCUGCUUCUCUCCAGGCUAACGCUUCUCUGUCUAUCAAGCUGGCCUCCCUCCCCCACAAAGCUUCCCGCCCCUCCUUCACAGUCCACCAUCAGCCUCUGCCCCGUUUGGCCCUGGCCCAGGCUGCACCCGCGGUCCCGCAGUCCGACGCCGCUGGCCCACCCGCUAUGUGGGUUACCCUUGGCAUGCAGUCUCCUUACGCUUCGCACCUUUCUGGGGUUAAGCCGCGAUAAAGAGCUUGCUUAGCUAGCAGUUCAUAUUAUGUAAGGUAACUAGAAUUUCUACCUCAACCCCAUGUGACCUAUGCAAGGACAUCGUGGACCAACUCACACAGCUUCCACUGAAAGGUGCUCACCUGGCCUGCAAGGGUUUCUACUCACAAACUACUGGAUGACAACAUAAACAAAAAUUUUUUAAAGUACGACAGAGUAAAGAAUAUUCUACUGUGAAUCGGAGUUUUAAAAAAAACUGCAGAAGAAAUGGCUUAAAGGCUCCAGUUUGUAUUGUUGAUAGUUUUAGAUAAAGUAUUUAUCAUUUUUUAAAAAGUAAAAACAAUUUUGACUUAUUUUAUUCCAUCUAAGUCAUAAAAGGCAACUUAUUAAGAAAAUAUAAAUAACUAUAUAUAAGAAUAUAUAUAAAUAAAUAAGAUAUAUAUAAAGGACUGGCACACCAGCAGAGAUGUCAACAGCCUGUUCUCGGUGCUAUUUCAUCCAUCAGAACUGUGCCUCUGUAGUUCUCCUUGGUGCUGACUUUCGAGGGUUGACCAAUGCCAAAUACCGUUCUUGGGAAAGUCUGCUUUAUUUAUUCAAGUCACUCUGUUCAUUUACCAAAGGCUUUACCUGCUCUGAAAAAAUGAGGGCAACAAAAGUUGAUGUGUGGGUUUGGGGCCUUGGUGGUUUACGUUUGUUUUUGUUUUUAAAAACAACUCCUUUAAGCUACUCUAUAUGUUUAACAAUUGUUCUCCACUUUCUUGACCAGUACUAGACAGCCUGGUCUUUAGUCCUUGUUACCAUUCAACCAAACAGUUCAUCUUGAACUGAGGAUACCUUAAGCUAGUUUCAUUAAAUGUUUUCCUUGUCUCCCUCACAUGCUCUCAUCACCAAGUUCCCUUGUCACUGUGAAUUUUACCUGCUAUACUGUUAAUUCUUUUAGCCCUUUAUUUUGGGGAUGUCAUUGGCAUAUGAACAGGGUGUAUAAUUACUGGUGUUGGUCAGGCCCAUUUUAAUUCUACAUGGCAACAUUGGACAUUAAUUCCUAAGCUGGGGCAAGUUUAAAUUUCUCAGCUUUUGUUGUUUUUGUUCAAAAUACUCUGUAUUUUCUUAGUAAUUUUUUGAUACUUGAUCCCCAGAUGGCUUGGCCUUUGUACUAAGUGCAUUUGUUUUUUGUUUUGUAUUUCUUUGCUUUUUUGUAGGUAUAAAUGGUAGUUCUCUCUCACACACAUAUACACACACAAAUCCCACAUGAUUAUCUUAUUACGCACCGAUCUGAUGAUGUGGCAACAAAUUUGUUGUCUUGUGACCUGGUGUUCUGUGUACAGAAAAGUGUCACUCUAAGAAAGUGACAGUAUUUUAUAGAGAUAUGAUGAAAAUUUAUAAAUUUCAUAUACUUGAUUUCAUUUAUUUUUAGAUUGUAUAAUGCACAGUAAACUUUUAAAAAAAGAGAGAGGGAAAAAUUACAAAACAUUUUUAUUUAUUCAAGUGCACAAAAAAGGGUAUAGGUUCCAUUUUUAAGCUUCUCAUUUUGAGAUUAGGUAUCAUGGACUGGACCAAGUACUCGGAUAGGAAAUGGCAAUAACUAUGAAUUGCAGUAGUAUAUCGACUAGACCCAGUGUACCCCUGCCUAAGCAAGUGUUCCGUCAUGGCUGGCAGAGGCUUUUGAAGCCUUUUGGCCUCCUCGGAUCCAUUCCUACAAAGCUUAUUGAAGCAUCCUGUUUUCAUGCACAGACCUGGGAUGGAGAAACAAGUUUCCUCCCCAGGUGUUCUUGAUUUAUUUCUUCAACUUGGCCACAUUGUGUUAGGCUUCAUCAAUUAAUUGGUAAUGAAUUAAAUAAUUAAUCUUGAUAAUACUUCCUCUUACUUGUGGCUCUCUGAAUCAGGUUAUUGCCUACAACCCAGCAUGUUGUGUCUGGGAAGGUUCUUUGUGUAGAAUUGUGUUUAGAUUCUUGUUGCUGGAUUAGGUAUUCCAAGCUUCAGCCUCUGCUACAGAAUUUGCCCAGCUGGUUCUUCAACCCUCUUCUUUCCUCUCACCCCCAUUCCUGCAUUGAGCCACAGGGACGUGAAGGUUUAAUUGUCAGCACUUGGCAAAAAUGAGCAGAUUGAGUAGGAUUGUUGGGAAGAACUGAGUGUAGAAGGAGCUGGAGAAGACAUUCUGAAAGGGCAGUAGAUGUGGUCGCUUUUAAUAAAAGCAGGGAAUAUUCCCAGGAAUCCAGCAAUUCGUGAAAUAAAGCCUAGUCUCUCAUGACCAUCAGAGUGGCGUACCUCCUGGCACUGGUUCUGUGGAGCCUGAAACCUGGAUUUGUGUCUUUGGAUCUCUGAGGCUUAGGUGAACCCCACAAAAAAAUGUGCUAGAGUUGAGUUGUGGGCAAUCUUAAAGUGCCGUCUCUUGACAUUUUAGAUAGAAGUAGUCUCUUUGUAAGAUGGCAGAAAUGGGUUUGGAGAAGGAAAGGCAAUGUAAAAUGGGGAAGCCGUUGCCAUUCCUUUUCUUUUAUAUAAGUUGGGAUUCAGGAUAAGGAAAAAUAUUUCUUCAUGGCUCAGAACAGCUAAGGAUUGAGGUUGCAGACAGAUUUAGUUGUGACCAAAACCAUUCCCGUGUUUGAAUUCAACUGGUGACUAAAGUUAAACACGAGACUAUUUGGGAAACCUUUUACAUUUAUCAGUGUUUUCUGGCUGAAAAGUGAGACUUGUAGAGUUAGCUGGUUUGUUAGUUGUCUGGUUUCUGCUGGGGUGUUCAUCACUCCUAGCCCUCCCUGCCAUGGCUUUUCCCUUGCUGGCAUUUGCAUACAGAAUCACAAGGGCCAUUCUAGUAUUUAGAUCAGCUCACAUGUUGAUUCCCUUGAGGAUGGUUUAUUUUUUAAAGGCUAGUUCAGAAAGCUACUGGGACUCGAUAACAUCCGAGAACUAAAACAGGGACUCUAGUGAUUGGUCUGAGUGACUUUAUUUUAGUAGAAUGCUCACCAUAUUCUGGGCAUUUUUGUUUUUACUGAAACUCAGCGCUCAAGUGUGGAUAUUGGGAAGCUGCUGGGAGGAGUGGGGGAGGGAGGAUGAAGGCUUGACCAGCUUUGACUUAGUCCUCCUGGCCUGAAGGUGAAUUAAAUGAAGCUGGUUCUGGAAGGAAAAAAGGAAGCUAAUUCUCGGGUUAAGAUUUGCCAGAGUCAACAGCCUAAGUAAAGCCUUGGGGCUAGAAAGGUUUUCUGAAGUGAUUGUAUAGACAGACCCCUCCAUUACAUCUCUCAUGUGCUGAAUCUAGACCCUCAUCUACUGGAACUUCCUCUAAACCUCAUGCAAGUAUCUAAAUUAGGCCCAAGCUUCAACUUUUUUUUCCUCUCAGGAACUAGUUUAAAAUAGGAAAUUAAAAUUUUAUCUUGUGUUCUCACAACCUUUAAAUCCUCAGAAUGUUAGUUAAUCCCCAUCUAAAUUAAUAAAUGUUAUUUAGAAAGCAACAUUGUAAACCCACGAGCUGAACUCUUCCUCUGGGUAGAAGGAAGUUGUCCGGGUUGCAUUUUGCUGGUUCCCCAACAAUGUAAGCCUGAAGGAACAUGAC